AUGUUCCUCUCCAUUCCCUUUUUCUUCUCAGUCAUCUUCCCCCUCGCCGCCCACGCCUGGCUCCCCACCUCUCCACCACCAGGCACAACUCUCAGCACCUUCGCCGCCACGUCUAAGAUUCGCGGCGUCAACCUGGGCUCGCAGUUCAUCAUCGAGCCCUGGAUGGCACGCGACGAAUGGGCGGCGAUGGGGUGUGGGCAGGCGAAAGCCGAGUUCCAGUGCAUCAAACAAGCGUACGGCGGUGACGUGAAUAAGGCCAGCGAGGUCUGGAAGAGACAUUGGGCGAGCUGGAUCACAAAUACGGAUCUGGAUGACAUGGUUAAGGCGGGAUUGAAUACGGUUAGGAUACCGGUGGGUUGGUGGAUGAAGGAGGAUCUGGUGAAGAGUGGGGAGUAUUUUCCCAAGGGCGGGUUCGCGUACCUGCAGAGCUUGUGCCAGCACGCAGCGAACAAUGGGAUGUAUGUUAUCAUUGAGAUGCAUGGCGCUCCCGGAACGCAGAACGCCUACCAGCCUUUCACUGGUAAUUACUCGGAAAAACCUUACUUCUACCAAUCCGACUAUCAAUCCGGCCGCGCCUACAAUUUCCUCUCCUGGCUAACCACAGCCAUCCACACCCAACCGACCUCAUUCCGCACCGUCGGCGCCAUCGGACUGCUCAACGAGCCCAAAUUCAACAACCCCAACGACCCGGACAUGCGCUGGACGACGGAGCACUACUACGGCUCAGCCAUCGACGCGGUGCGCAACGCCGAGUCCGCCCUCUCCAUCAACCGGGACUCGCAAUCCGCCCUCAGCAUCACCAUCAUGGAUGACCUCUGGCACGACCUGUCGGGCAACACGGACCCGGCAGCGCACCUGACGGCGACGCAAAAAAUCGGCUUGCUCUUCGACGACCACAACUACGAGACGGAGCCGGUGGCCGGCUUGGCGAGUCCGCAGGCGGUGGUGGCGCACGCGUGCGGGGACGACCGGCGGACGGGCUUGCAGGGCGGCGCGAGUAAGUUUGUCGGCGAGUGGGCGAUGAGCUUGGCGCAGAAGGGGGCUGGGUUCACGCCUGAGACGCAGAACAGGGAUUUCUGGAGCCAGUACUUCUCGGCGCAGCAGUGGCAGUACGAGCGCACCAGGGGCUGGGUGUGGUGGAGCUGGAAGGUGCAGGAGGGAACCGGCGCGGAUCGGUUGGAGAACUGGCUGCAGUGGAGCUACAAGGGCUUGGUGGAUAGCGGCAUUGUCAGCAGGAACUUGAACGCACAGUUGGCGGCGCAUCCGUGCAAUGGAAAUUGA